AUGAUGGUCCCUCGAACAUUCCUCUUCACCUCGGCACCGCCAGAGAAGCCCUUUGAUCAGGGGAUGAAGGCAUUCACGCCGCAUCCUUCUGGGCUUUAUUGCCCCGCUGCAAAGCCCGAGACCCGCGGCUCGAUAAACACCACACCAGUGGUCAUCCCCCCAAAGCGUGGCUCACGAACCAUGUCAAUGCGCCGGGAAAAUCGUUCCCGCACCUCAUCUAAAACAUCGGAAUCAUCUCGUCGGUCCUCUUCAAGUUCAUCUAACGAACGCCACAUCCCUACGUCAUUCAGCUCGAUGCUAGAUGCGACUGCCAUCCCACCCCGACGAAGCCGGAACACACGCAGACCUCGGAAACUCCCUCGUGGUAAUCACGAAGAGGACUUCAGGCGGAUGCUGCAGGAAGAUCUCAAACCGAAAGAAGAUCACUUCCUCGACGGGUCCAUCUACUCUCCUCUUGAUUUCCUCCUUAGCCCACCCGAAGACCACGAUAAAAUUCUCGGCAAUCAUCACGAGCAUGAGUCCCCACCUUCCGUGAGGUCGACAUCAAGCGAAUCGACGCCCUCUUUAGUUCAUGGUCUAGCGUCGCCUUCUAGUAUAUCCUCGCCUCCGACGACCCCUCUCAGUCACCGGACUACCCCGGAGAGACGGCAACCUCGAUACUCGCACUGCGAGGAAUGUGCCUUGGACCACCCUUUGCUUCCAACGGAACUGGAUGAUUGUGAAGUCAUCGAAAUCAAGUACGAAAACGAGCACGUCACCUCGGACUCAACGCCGACAAAACGAUCUGCUUCAUUUGGACGUCUAGGAUCUACCUUCAAGUCCAAUCUUACGGCCUCAUUACGGGCCAUCAAAUCUGCUGCCCAAUCUGUCUCGACAUUUGCCACGCCUUCCGUCCAGCCAGAGGAUUUUCUCACCCGAUCCCUCUUCACCAUUGCCCCAGAGACGACCGAUGAUCGCCGCCCGCUGCCAAUGCAAGAAACACCCUCUCCAGCAUUGCGACGAUAUCUGAAUCCGACUUCGAUAUCACCAGCCGAGAUGUAUGUCUAUCACGACCACCCUCACGAUAAGCAAAUGGCUUCGGGUGCCUCUCCGGUCUCGAUCCAAAUGCAGACAUAUCGUCGGGCCAGCAGCCGUGGAAAUCGGCGCAACCACUUCCACAUCGCAAGCCGCGAUCAGAAAUUCAUCACGUUCGAUCCGGAGGUUCCGCCGAUGUCUCGCUCGCGCGAGAUUCGAGAGAACAGCGACUUCCUUCGCGUGGUGGUUCUUGAGAUGAACAUGCGCCGCAGCGGCAAACUCCGCGAAGAUAUCCCUACCCGUGCGCGAAGCUGGCUGCCCGCACGCAAAAACAACUACCGCCUAUCGGGACAAUAUGAGGACGGAGAUGACAACAACACCGUCCCAUCCCGAUGGGUUGGCAUUCCAGCCUAG